AUGGAGGCCACAGUGCGUAUUAUGGAUGAUCUAGAUUUUACUGUCGAGCAAAAGCUCAAGGGGGCUGUUUUGUUGCUUCGCGAUGAAGCAUAUCAAUGGUGGCUGACAGUUAGGGAUGGCACUCAGCUUGACAGUCUAACGUGGGAUUUGUUGAAGACGGCUUUUCAGAGUAAGUAUGUGGGGGCCAGUUACAUCAACGCUAGAAGGCAUGAGUUCUUGAAUCUUACUCGGGGAGAUCAUUCAGUGGCCGAGUAUGAGGCCGACUUUCUGAGGCUGAGCCGUUAUGUACGCGGCAUGGUGGGGAUUGAGUAUGUGCGUUGUGUUCAUUUUGAGGAAGGCCUUAGGGAUAACUUGAGGAUCCUAAUAGCUUUGCAGAGGGAACGUGAGUUUGUCGUGUUGGUUGAGAAGGCCAAGAUUUUUGAAGAGGUUAAGCGCGCUGAGCGCCAGAGCCGUGACAGAGUGAAGGCUAAGAGGGAUCUAGAGUAUUUGAAUGCUGGGGUGAGGCCUAGAAAAAAGGCCAGAUCUGAUGGGCCCCUGAGAUUUGGGCCUACUGUUGCACCUUCUGGGGUUGCGAUUUGUCGGCUUUGUAAUAGACGUCAUCCAAGUGAGUGUUGGAGGUCUACUGGAGCUUGUCUUAGAUGUGGAUCAUCUGAGCGUAGUGUUAAGGACUGCCCAUUAAGGACUAAUCAGAUGCAAGCCCUGGCUACUGAGACUAAACAACCGUCGAGGGGAGUUCAAUAG